GGUUGCCAACUGUCCCCGAUGGUCAAUGGCUAUAGUCACGGUGCACCUACCAAAUCAUGUCAGUCACUACACCCGGGCCACGGUGUAGACAAACAGUACGGUCUGGCACCCUAUGAGCUCAGGGUAGCUCACGGACCUAACGGUGCUGUUAUUGUAUCGCUAAUGUCGAAAGGGGUGGGCAGUAGUGGGGGUGCUGGCGGUAAUAGCAUACCGUUUACCGGUUUUAUGCUUCAGGCACGGCUAGUAUCGGACAGGGAGUCCAUAGUUAAUGGCCGGUUCAGUGAGGAUCGCCAGUUGUCACAAACAAGAAACUGUAAUCAAGAUAUACCGAAUACAUUGACCCACAAAAACGGUGGCACCAAAUACAGAGUGGACACUACAUGGACGGCACCGCAAAAUUUUAUCGGUGGUGUCAUAUUUCGGGCUACAGUUGUCCAAACCAAGAGUGUAUUUUGGACAGCAUUGGACUCGCAGGCUGUCUAUAUAACGGCACCGGUAGUCAUACAGCACACGACUAGUAGUACUAGUAGUAGUAGUAGUAGUACUACUGGUAAACCUAAUGCCGCCUACAAUAGACAACGAGACCAUCAAUCGGAGCCCAAACAACCCCUACCAUCGGUUAACAACAAUAACAUACAGUCCUUAUCUACUGUUCCCCGAACUCAAGCAUCGGUAGACUCGGCUCAGUACGGCUCACGUAUACCCUAUGAGGUGUGUUCCUCAAAGUUUUGUAUGGGAUUACCGGCUAAUUGUGUCCGAUAUCGUACCUGUAAUAUGUUAUUAACGGGUAUGUAUGUGAUGCGCGGUGACGGUAUGGUUGAGUUUGAAAUACAUGCCGAUGUUAAUAAAUAUAAUGCUAACUCAUACUAUUCAAUGGGAUUGUCUACCGAUAACAAAAUGGGUGAGGACAGUGUUACCGAUUGUAUGAUAAGCGAUGGUCGGCCAGUCCUACGAAACAGUGUCAACAUUGGCCGCAACAAUGAAUAUCUGUCGGCCAAUGAAUAUCAUUCGGUAACUGUGCUGAACACUACCUACAAUAAUGGACUGUUAUAUUGUAAAUGGAGACGCCGUAGACGGUCGACCAUCCGUGGGGUACAGUAUGACCUGAAAGACAAACAAUACUACCUGUUGUUAGCCUAUGGACUACUGGCCGGUAAAGAAGAUACCAAAGACUAUCAUACGGAACGACUGGCCACCGAUCAGACCAUUGAUAUGCGUAUUGUUGGCCAGUUAUCCGCUGCCCAACAGUCGACUAGUUUUCUAAUUAAAUUACACGGCUCAUUUAUGGUGUUUGCAUGGCUGGGCUGUGUUAGUAUAGCUAUAUUUAUUGCCCGAUAUUUUAAAGAUUUUUGGCCCAACGAUCAACUGUUUGGCGUUAAAAUAUGGUUUGCAGCUCAUCGAUCGCUAAUGUUGUCGGCAUUGAUACUAAUAUUAUUAUCAUCAGUAAGCAUAUGGAUACAUGUGGGAACAUUUACCAUGGGUCCGCAUCAAUGGUUUGGUUUGGCAUCGAUUGUCAUAAUAAUAUUGAAUCCAAUCGGCGCUCUAUUCCGACCGAAACCCGAAUCACCGAAACGAUGGAUAUUCAAUUGGUUACACUUUUUGUUGGGCAAUACGGGACACAUAUCGGCAAUCGUAGCCCUAGUGUUGGCCUACUAUCUGCCAGCCCUACAAAUGUCACAAAUAUAUCUAUGGAUACUUAUAAUUUAUAUAUUAUUUCAUGUAACAUCACAUUUAAUUAUGCAAAUGUACAUGUGCGAUUUUACUAGAAAGUCAAAAACAAGUGAUAUAUCAAUGCAAGACGUGCCGCACCUAAAAACCAAUAAUAAUAUCAAUAAUAAUAAUAAUAAUAAUUUUAAGACCAAAAACAGUUUGAUUCAGUUGUGUCUAAUGUUUUACAUCAUAGCUGUUGUCGUACUAAUCAUCGGUUUAAUUGUCUGCAUAUAUAUACCACAAUCGGCAGUCAAUUAUGUUAAAUCUUAA